CCUCCUCCAUCGUCUUCCUUCCUUCCGCACAAACGUAACUAAACUGUCUCUUUCUUUCUUUCUUUCUUUCUUUCCUUGUGUUGUGUCGCCAUCUUUCAUGACCUCAUCACACCCUCUCUUCUUCUGAAACAUUAUUUCACCUUUUCCCCACUCUCUUCCACACCAUCCGCGGCGGCGUCGGUUGGCAACCAUGAAAUCGACGACGACGACAUUGCUCAUCUUGAUGAUCAUCUCGAUCACAGCCCUGCUACUCUUCCUUUCUUCCUCACCACCCGCUCCUCCUCCUCGUCAACAACAUUAUUCACCCAUCACCAUCCGCCGCCAUCUCCUCGAUACCUCCUCCACCGAGGUCCCUAAUCCUCACUUCCACGACCACAAAGAUACUAGUCCUCUUCACCACUCCAAGAAACACUACUACUAUUACUCCGACUGCACGGGGAGCGGCAGAACAAGGGCGGGCGUUUACAACUCCCGAUCUCUGUGCCUUGAGCUUCAAGAAAUCAUCCACUCCCUCUCCCCGCCCCGCCGCCGCAAGUCGUCGCUAGAAGAAGCUGCUGCAGCAGGCCGUGGUUCCGGUGGCGGGGGAGAAGAGAUCGACCCCAGGUACGGCGUCGAGAAGCGCCUGGUUCCUUCCGGUCCCAACCCGCUCCACAACUGACCAAGAAACGGCGGGGUAGCAUUGGUAUUUCGCAGCUCCGCACUGUCCAUAUUCAUCUCAUCCUCGUUUCAUUACAUACUACUACUUUUUUGUUGUUGUUCCUACUACGAAUAUAGCCAUUACUAGUAGUGCUUCGUCGCAGUGCUCACUGUACGACGGCUUUUUGGUGCUUUUCUGCUCAUUAAACCGCGGCGUCUCCUGUCCUGCUACAGCGUCCAAGGAGGAGAUGGCAGCGGUAACCGUGGUGAAUGGUGAUGACAUCAUAUUGUAUAAGGGGAGUCUUCGUUUCAAUUUUCCUUGGGCAUGCACCUUUCUUCUACCUAGCUAGCUAGUUAGAAAUUACAACUUACAAGGUCUUAUUAAUUAGGGAGGCGCCAUUUCCGUGCUUGUUUUUUUUCCUUUCUUUUUUUGCUACAAAAGAAAAAUGGAGACAGCCAAUGAGAAGAAAUAGAUCUAAAACAA